AUGUCGCUGCCCGCAGUGUCCAAGAGACUUCUCCAGGGUCCGGUCAAGUCCCACCUGCGUCGGUUCGCCCAGGUGUCUUCCUUGAAUCCGACGUCUCUGGGUCACCAGCAGCCAGGGCCGUCUUCCUGCCUCCAACCAAGCCGUCCUGCUGCUUACAAUCAGCCCCAUUUCCCAUGUGUUGAUGCCCACAAGGCUCGCGAAUCUCGUUUGGCCGCGUCAAAACAACGCGCCCCAAUCGAGGAUGAAGACUGUGGAUCUGGUCCUGAACCGCCCUAUGCGCGCCCAAACCCUACCACAUAUCACGUAUACCACCAUGACAAGCCUCUCCCUCUUUCCUACCAUGUGGACCCUCUUCCAUCUUUCGAUAUUGCCUAUGAAACAUGGGGGACCCUUUCGCCUCAGAAAGACAAUGUCAUCCUGCUCCACACCGGCCUCUCAGCGUCGUCCCACGCAGCCUCUACGCCCCUCAACCCUGCACCAGGCUGGUGGGAAAAGUUCAUAGGUCCAGGCAAGGCCAUCGACACCAACCAGUUCUUCGUCAUCUGCACUAAUGUCAUUGGUGGAUGCUAUGGAUCGACAGGCCCUUCUUCGAUCGAACCUGGAACUGGCUCCCCCUGGGCUACCCGCUUCCCAGUCGUUUCGAUUUUCGAUAUGGUCAGGGCCCAGUUUCACCUCCUGGAUCACCUCGGCAUCAAGAAGCUCUACGCAAGUGUCGGAUGUUCGAUGGGUGCUAUGCAGAGCUUGGCGGCGGGGUGGCUCUUCCCUCAACGAGUCGGCAAGAUCGCAUCCAUCAGUGGUACUGCACGGAGCAGCCCUUCGGCGGUCGCCAUGCGUUAUGCGCAGAGGAGUGUGUUGAUGGCAGAUCCCAAUUGGAACAAUGGUUUCUACUACGACGGACUCCCCCCACAUACUGGCAUGAAGCUUGCCCGACAGAUUGCCACGAUCACCUAUAGGUCAGGUCCUGAGUGGGAAUCUCGCUUUGGUCGACAACUACGUCCCAUGCCAGAGUCAGACACCUCUGAAAACGGGGUUAGAACACCUGCUCUAUGCCCUGACUUCCUCAUUGAAACCUACCUAGACCACCAGGGCGAACAAUUCUGUCUUAAAUAUGACGCCAACUCCCUUAUCUACAUCUCCAAGGCUAUGGACCUUUUCGACAUGACCCUCCCCGCCCUCCAAGCGCUCAAUAUCCGAAGCGAAGGAUCGACGCAGCCUUCCCAUCCACACGGAAAUGUUAUGACCCACAAGACGUCUCACUCGAAAUCACAUCCUCCGCCCGUCAAUCCGCCACCUCAUCUCAGUGACCUAGCAGCUGGAAUGGCGCCGUUAGCGCACAUCCCCACAUUGGUCCUUGGCGUCCAGAGUGACAUCCUGUUUACCGUCGAACAGCAACGUGAGGUAGUCGAUGCUCUGAGGAUGGCAGGAAACGAGAACGUCAGCUACUACGAGUUGGGUGGUGUUUGGGGACACGAUACAUUCCUGCUGGAUGUUGUUAAUGUUGGAGGCGCCCUCCGUGGCUUCUUGUCAUGA